AAAGAAGUGCUCCUUGCUCGGGCCCAGCGCGUGGCUUCUAGAACCACGUCUCUUUGUAACCUUCGAUGCCAGCAACUGCAUGCUGAGCGCUGGCAGAAAAAGCGACUUCAACUGCCGAUGAGUCAUGUCGACAGGCUUAGCAAGGUGGCGGGCCCUCUUAUGCGUACUGUUACAAGUGAUAUCGUUGGUUCUUGUCGUCUUUGCGUGUUUCUUUCCUGUCAGAGUACUCACAGAAUCGAGUUGCACUACAAAAGCGUUGGUCGACGAUGUCCUUCGUUGUUACGGUGCAUUUAAACAUGGAGCUUUCCUACGGGACGACACGGAUAAUUCCAGCUCUAGUCAUCUGAGACUGAGAAACUUAACGUUCUCCUCGCACCAUUUGGAUUCUGGCCAGAGAGUUCAGGAAUGCAUGCUCCUGAGUUCCUACGAGGACUGUGUCCGCGCAAUUGUAGAAGGGCGAUGUCGGUCGCAGAUGACGCUGUUCCAGUACGACGAAGUUCGGUCCUUGGCGGGAAACUUGGUUGGAUUUGUCAACAGCAGCUGCAAAGCAAUUGCAGUGUAUGAAAAGCAUGCGACAAAUAGCAGCGACGCUCUGUCCGGGUUGAGAGCCUGCCUCACAAUACUUGGUAAAAAGGUGACUCCUUUCCUUGAUUCGGAUAACAAGGACGUCGUUCGAAAAGCCUGUUGGGGACUCGCAGAAUACGACAAGUGCGCGCAAAGAGAGGUCAAAACGAUUGACAAAGACUCGCUGUCUCUUGAGUCCGAGAAACUUGUUGGCCUGUACUCCACAACUGUCGUGCAAUCAUUGCGCUGGACAUGUUUUGAUAACAACUGUGACAACGUCUCACUGCUUAUGAAACUGGACAACUGCGACAAGAUAAUCAAAAUAGGUGUUUUGCCAAGUAUACGGAUGAGCAACUCAACCGGGCUAGUGAAAGCUUGCAGCUACGUCAAAAAGUUUGAAUGGUGCAUUAGGCAAGCACGAAUUGAUACCGGCUGUGAUAGCGACCCGUCUGUGCUCAACUCUCUGGAUGUCCAGAAGCACUUGGACAAAGCUUCAGAAUAUGCUUGGAUAUGCGACCGCAGUGGCGGACCUGUCUGUGAGGAGACCUAUGUAAGGGAAAGCCUCAAAGACUGCUAUCAGCUUGCCAGUGCCUCAAGUUUUCAGCAAGAAUCUUCGUUUGCGAGUCGAGAAACAUUGCAUAGACACUGCAGAGACGUCAGGGCUUUUAAGACGUGCAUGCAAGACAUUCUAUCGUCGAAAUGUGAAGACGACCCGCGCAUGUUCCACCAGUGGGACGUUUACUACUUCAGAGACCUGAUAGGACGAGGGAUGAACUGGACUUGUUUCGAGUACGAUUGCGACAUCAACGUCGUUUUAGGGAAGCUACAUGACUGUGAUAAACUAACCGAAGAAGCUUCUGCUUAUGUGGACAACACAUGGCGAACUGGUCCCUCAUCGGUUUCUUGUUGGCUUUCUCGUGCCCAUCUGAACUGCUAUAGCACUGUUCUGAAGUCACUCUGCGGAAACCCAAAAGAAGCUCUGAAAGACCAGCGGUUAGCCAAGUACAGCGCUGAAGUCAGACAACGAGUACUGCGGUCUUGCCAGAGACAAAAUGUGACAACAUGCAAAGAGAGAGAGCUUCUCAACAACUUAUCCGCCUGUGAUGGCAUCGUGGACACGUUUGUUGUACCCUAUUCGAAAUACUCUUCUGACUUGGGUAAAAUGGCCACCGCUUGCACAAAUGUGAAACGGUUUCAAAAGUGCGUCCACAAGACUGCCCCGAAAGAGUGCUUCGAACCAGAUGGCAUCGAAUUGGUUGCAACGCAGAAGUAUCUUCGGGAGUAUUACUACCAGUACAACUGGAUCUGUAGGGUCAUCGAGGCUAGGCCGUCAGCACCAGAGUGUAGCAAGGCUCACUUGAUUGAGCGCUUACCCGAGUGCUCUGGCUUUGUCGUGGGUCGUCUACUUAAAACAACCACGCCCUACAUAGAUGAAAAAGAUCUGGAGACCUACACAAGGUACCAACGUGACUACGAAGUUUGUGUCUCCAUGGUAAUACGUGAUGUCUGCGGAAGCACAGCUUAUGUACCGGAGGAUAGCAUAGACGUAGUAAAGUUCACGCGGGACUAUCUGCAACUGGGGGCUUCCUUACAAGAGUCUGUCUCAUCCAAGGCUGAUCCGAGGUGCUUUCGCAACUACGUGAACAAAAAGCUCAGGGAGUGCGAAGGGCUCAUUGUUGCGUUCCCGUCACCACAGCUCUCGCAAUAUUCUCACGCUGCCCAACUUGAAGAGUCCUGCAGAGCUCUUCAAGACUACGUGUUCUGCGCAAACAUGAAGCUGAACAAGGUGUGCGGCAGCUUGCGCAACAAUCAAGUGACGAUCGAAGCUCGAAAAGCUAUAGCUGAAAAAUAUGACAACCACUCAUGGGUCUGUCAAAGAAAAGAGGCAGUGGAAAAGAGUUGCACAAAACAAGGAAUAAUCUCGAAGCUGAAACAGUGCGUUGGAUUCUUGUCAGUUCAUGUUGUGAAGUAUUCUACAGACUACGAUGUGUACAAUCAGGACACAUGCAGAUACGUCCAAGAGUACCAGCGGUGUGUGACAGACAUUCUUAAUACAUCAUGCUCUCGACAAGCUCUAAUACUGAAGCUCGAUGACAUCAAAUAUUAUACGAGUCAUCUGUACUCAAAGUACGAACACCUAUGUCGCUCAGUUCCCUUUUGCGAGGAAGCGGCGUUGGUGAAGAACCUUUCACAGUGCACUGGCUACAUCACUGUCAACGUUCUUCCGCAUCUCAAGAAAACAUCGGAUCAGAGCAGACUUCACUUGGCGUGCAAUGGCCUGAAAGGCUUUCAGAGGUGCAUUAAGAUGACUGUUCCAAGACAGUGUCAGGGGUCGAAGGUGAUGUACUCGUCGAGCAUCCUAUACUACACAAGAGACCUAUACCAGAAAUACAGUUGGACAUGUGACGUGACUGCGAAAAACCAGUUCUGCAAUACUGAGGCGCUGCAUAAACGGCUACCCAUGUGCUCAGGGUUCAUAACGCACAAAGCAGCAGUAAACGCUGCCAGUAAGACUGACCGUCGCUCUCUAAAAUUGGCCUGCAGCGCUGUGAUGGACUAUCAGAGAUGUGUGCAGGGAAUAGUUUCAGAAAUAUGCCAGGAUCGCCAGUACAUGCCCGAGACGGCCGAGGUGAAACACUACAUGCGAGACCUGUACUUUAAGUACUAUUGGACCUGCCAGCCAGACACUUCACACGGGAAAAAGUGUGACGAAGCCAAGCUUGAAGAGGCUCUCCACAGUUGUCAAGGGUUCCUACUAACGCAGGUUCUUGUUAACGCUAACGGAAGUCUUCUGCGUAUGACUGAGGCUUGCAGCGGACUGGGAGAUUUCAACUUUUGUCAGUGGUAUCUUACUCAAGAGGUAUGUCAUUCAGCCAAACCGCUCGACGAAAUGUCAAACGGAAAUUACCUUUCAAGUGAUCAUCGCUUCGUGUGUGAGGCAUUUGCAAAGGAAGAGCCCACUUGCAAUAAAGAAGGUAUUAUCCAGGUAAUCUCAGAAUGCUCCGGGUACAUGAGAGAUUACAUCCUGCCUAACAUAAUCGAGUACGGUGAGGAAACGACGAGACCAGCGGCUUGCAAGGGCUUUGUUAACUACAAGGAGUGCGUCAACGCAGCGACGGAAAAAAUAUGCCCGAAGUCUAGGCUAAGUCCGACUGACGCUGCCCAGAUUGAGACCUAUAAGGACCAAUUAUAUCAAAAAGUCAACUGGACUUGCUUGCCGGGCAAUUCACAUUUGUCCGACGCCCUAUGCAAUGUUGAUGAGAUUCAGAUGAAUCUGACCACCUGUUUGGGUUUCAUCGACAAUAUCUUAAACUCAAAGAAGCUGAAAAAAACUACCGAAGAGUGCCAAAAGUUGAACCUUUUCCACGAGUGCGUGAAAUAUCACACGGAUCUUCCUUGCUCUGGUAUGCAAAAAGUCCUUGAAUCGAAGAGAGUUCAGUAUUACACGCAGACAAUCAGCAAAUAUGUCAGUGAAAUUUGCGAUGCACCGACCGAACCAGAUAAAUGCAUCAAAAAAGACCUGGUUCCCAAACUUGCGGAGUGCUACAGUUUUAUAAGAUUCAAAGUCAUUCCAAGAGCGAAGUUUAUCAGUGACUUUUCUGAACUGGACGAAUCCUGCAUGGCUGUAAGAAGUUACCAAGCGUGUGUUCAAACCGUCGUAAAAUCAACUUGCAACAGCAGCGAGGACGUGAUGAGUGAUGACGACGUAUGGAAAUAUGCUGUCAGGCAUUACGGCGCUUACAACUGGACCUGUCGCAACAACAGCUACAAUGAUAUGUGCCGCAAGGAGUUUCUCCUCGGGAACCUUACUGAGUGUGUUGGCUUCAUUACGAUAUCUGUAAUUCCAAUGAGCAAAGACAAAAUGAACCCUCUGCAGCUGCGAAAAGCUUGCAACUCCCUCCUGGGCUUUCAACGUUGUGUGUUAUCUCGUGUGCUUAGUUCUUGCCAAUACAACAGUGCCGUUCUUGAAACGCCUGAAAUUCGUCGCUACAUGCAUGAGCUCUACGAUCAAUACAAAUGGGUCUGUGAUGUGCCCGACACAAGCGACAUAGAGGAAGAAAUUGCUUGCAACGACAUGAAUAUAAUACAGCACCUCAAGAACUGCUACCCAUUCGUCGCCUAUAACGUGAUCCCUAACGUACAACACACAGACAUCGAAUCUAGAAUUCGGACCGCUUGCAACGGUGUGCGGGAUUACCAGCUGUGCAUCAACACCGUGCUGCAGACCUGCAAGCACAACGCUACUUCCCUUGAGGAUAUGGUAGUCAGGUAUUAUACCAAUGAAGUCUUCAGCAAGUACAACUGGACAUGUGAAACCGGCAUCUUCUGCCGAGAAACCGAGCUCAUCAAGAACCUUAGUCAUUGCAAUGGUUUCCUUACGUACAAAGUACUUCCAAACAUAGCCGACAAGCAUCACUACGGAAAACUACACAUUGCAUGCAAAGGCAUCAAAGAUUAUCAAAAGUGUCUUGACUACACUGUCGAUAUGAAGUGCAGACACAGCAAAAUUUUAUCCAAGGACAAUAUCUGGACAAAGAUAUCGAAAAGUUACCAACAAUACAAAUGGGCUUGCGAUGCUGCUAUGCAAGAUACAGAGUGUGACGAGCAGAGGCUAGAAGAAAGCCUCAACGAGUGCGUGGGAAUCGUUGAAUACGACGUCAAGCCCUACAGCGAUAAUCCCAGGGACAAGGAGCGAAUCAAGACGGCAUGCAUGAAUUUGAGGGAAGCACAAAACUGUGCUAAGCUGGCCAUGUUUCAAGUUUGCGACAACCUAGCCGUGCCCGACAGUGCUAACAUAAAGAGGCUGCUGUACCGUAUCGUCCAGAAGUACAACUGGACAUGCACUCUGGCCGUCGAUUACAAAGCUCAAAUGAUAUGUGACAAGUCGAGCUUGUUGGAAAAUAUAACGGAAUGCAUGGGCUUCAUCACAAUCAGCCAGCCUAGCCAGUUUCAUUCCUCAGGAAGCCGUCGUUCCGAGUCCCUGUGCAGUCAUUACCAGGACUACAGGCAUUGCGUCGCAGACAAGAUAACAAGCGCUUGCCAAACCUACGAUGAUCUCCUGGAGCAUCCUGAUGUUGUUAACGCCACGAACGCCGCUGUGACAACCGUCAAGACUGCUUGCUCAACCAAAGUUUCUACCGGAAGCCUAUGCUCGACGACCAGCUUACGGAAGCAGUACACGACAUGCAUGGGCUAUUUGAGGAAAUACGCCAUCCCUCGGUUACACGACACGUCAAGCCCAGCAAACUUGAAGAUCGGUUGCAAAUAUCUGGAGAGUUACAAGAAGUGCUUGGCUUUGAAAACCGAUAUAACGUGCACGAAACUUAAGAACUGGGAGAACAACCCCGUGAAGCGGCAAUUCGAGCGUCCGCUUGAAAUGUUCGAGACAUCGUGUCAUAGAGACGUUCACUGUGAGCCCAGUAACAUCGUUAAAGAGUUUGAACAGUGUAGUGGCAUACUGCAAUACAACUUAAUCCCAUUUUCGCUGGACAAGAGAAACUCUGAGAGACUCGAGGUUGCUUGCUCAGCUCUGCGGGCCUAUCAACAGUGUCUUGCAAUUAAACUGUCACCCUGCGAGGCACGACCAGGCUUUGUUUCUAAUUUGGAAAUACGAAAAUUCACCGUAAACACAGUAGACCAGUACAAGUGGGUCUGCGAUUACGUACCUCAGGCUAUUUGUGAAGAGAGUGAGGCGGUAGCAAUGUUUCAGGAAUGUUUCAAGUACCUGGUGAAUCAUACACGAAAGACUCUGGCAGCAAACGGACGAAGCAAACCACGUUACUUCGAGAACAUGUGCAGUGAUGUCAAGGCUUACCAGUUCUGCGUCCAUUCCGCCAUGGAAACGACUUGCAAACAGAAGCUGCUAGUGUCUGAGUCCAGCAAAGUGAGAAUGUUCACAAGGAACUACUUCAACAUCUAUAACUGGAGCUGCGAUUUGUUCAUGGGAAACUAUGAAAAACUAGACAGCGCAUAUUCAAGCAAAGACUUGGCUUGCACAAAAUCAGGUCUUCUGUCGGCGCUGAAGAGUUGCGCUGGAUUUUUGCAAGUUCGUGUGUACCCUAAACUAGACAAGUUCCUUAACGACGCCGAAAUGUCCGAUGCCUGCAGUGGCCUGACCGAUUUUCAGUACUGCUCUACAAUGCAGAUUCACAAGCAGUGUGUAGGUCGCAACUUGCAGAUUCUUCAAGACCCGGAUAUACUGUUCUUUACAAAGGUCAUUCCAUCAGAUUACGCCUGGGUGUGUACAACGCAGAGUCACGCCGAGCCGCUCUGUUCUGAGGAACGCUUGAUCGAGGACCUCAAGAAUUGUUACAAGAUUAUUCAGGAAAAAGUGACGCCUUAUUUGCACGACCAGAAAAGCCAAUUGAAAACGGUUCGAAAUGAAGCUUUAGGACUUCUGGCUUGCAGGAGUGUCUUGGACUACCAAUCCUGUGUUGCCAAGAAAACCGAGCAUUGCGCUCGAUCGUCCCCGCUUUUGCAAAAAUCCGAAGUAAAAUACUACAUUUCUGACGUUUUCCACAUGUACAACUGGACGUGUUAUCAAAAGGCACUGACAUGUCGUGCCACUGAUGUCGCCAAAAGUCUGGAGACGUGCCAAGGGUUUCUAGACAUUGGCGUCUUGCCAUUUUCUGGUAACAACACGAAGCUUAAUCAGAUAUAUGCAGCAUGCAGAGGAACCCAGGAAUUUCAGAAUUGUGUAAAGAACACAAUUUGGCGGCGCUGUCCGGGAAGCAGCGAUGCUUUAAAUUCAGCAGAAGUAAUGCGGUAUACCGAAGAACUGUUCGACAAGUUUAACUACACGUGCCAAGCUACGACCGAAAUGAAUAACGUCUCUGUUUGCAACAAAGACCCUUUGGAAGAUUUCAAGACGUGCACCGGAUUUUUGACAACCAAGGUGGUAGCUAACCUUGAAACGAUUCACGACACAGACGCUCUUGUGCAAGCGUGCAGGUCUUUUCUCGACUACAGACAGUGCAUUGAAAGCAAUUACGCCAAUCACUGCCGCUCUAAAACUCUGCCCGGGUUCACGAAAUACUUGGAGUAUACUGCUGAUUUAUACCAAAGAUAUGCAUGGACAUGCUUUGUUAUCGAACCACCAAAAGGAAGCUGUCAGAAAAGCGAAGUCUUGCAGAAGCUUCACCAGUGUUUGGGUUUCAUUACGGAGAAAGUUGUUCACAUCUCUCAGUAUCAGAAAGCUCCACUAAAGUUGAACGAUGCCUGCAGGAGCCUUGAAGAAUUUAAGACGUGUAUAUACACAAAGAUUUUCGAGAGCUGUCCCAGGAACGCUGAACGCUCAAGUGUGAUUCGAUCGGAUGAAGUUGAGCACUACCUUGAAAUGUACAAAGAGUACAAGAAAGAAUGCGACUUACUGAGCUCAGCUCUGCAAGAUAGUACUUGUAGCGAGGAAAAUCUCUAUCUUCACUACAAGACUUGCAUCGGAUUUUCAACUAUGCAUGUUGAUCCGUACAUCAAGAACAUGACUUUUCCUACUGACAGCCACCGCAGUUUGGCAUGCAGCGCCUACAAAGACUACAGCUCGUGCCUGUUUAAGAAAACUGAGGACCUUUGUGGGGAUCAGAAUGGAUAUGUACACUACGACAACGUGCGGUACUUUAUGGGAGAAGUUCGCAGAAAGCAUGACCGUAUCUGCAGGCCGAGUGAACACGAAUGCAGACUGGCAGAAGUUCUUGACGUUUUGAGUGAAUGCAGAGGAUUCCUGCUCCUGAACGAACCAGCCAACCCGAGGGACCCAAACAACUACGUGAAAGCCACCCACACGUGUAGGGGACUACAGAACUUCAAGAGCUGUGUGGACACCACUAUCAACAAUAUAUGCUCUAAAAAUGUGUUGGUACCGAAGAGCAACGAAGUCCAGGAGUACAAGGAGCUCGCUGUGCUGAAAUACAAGUGGGCUUGUGAAUUUUUAGCCGGCUUAAAAGACAACGAAUGCAAAGAUGUAAAUAUCCAUCAUCAUCUGCGACAAUGCUCUGGAUUUUUGGGUACCGUGGUGGAGCCAAUAACUCAAGAUUUUGUGAGCUCUCCUGAGCAAAUGGAACUGGCUUGCCAAUUUACGAGAUAUUACCAACAGUGUGUCCAGUCUUUCCUGAAGAAACGAGAAUGUAAAAACAGUCCAUUGCAGCCAGACAUGACGAUGUACACGAGGGAUCUGUAUUAUAAAUUCGCGUGGACGUGUAAGAGGCCAGAACAGUGCGAGAAAGCAGAACUUAUGAAGCGCCUGAAGUACUGCCGAGGCAUUAUCACCCACAAGGUUCAUCCUUUUAUGGACGACAAAAAAAAUCGUACCCUUCUAGCAAAGGCCUGCCGUGGGCUCGAAGACUACCAACUUUGCGCCAUGUCUACGUCGAGAAUGUACUGCAACAACACUGACACGCUCAUGUCGCACGAAGUUCGCUACUACACGUCGGACAUAUAUGAGCACUACAAGUGGGUCUGUAGCUCCAGCGCAGUUGCUCCUAGAUGCACAAAGGCGCUCAUUGUCUCAAACUUGGAGGAGUGUUUAGGAUUCCUCGAGCACAUGGUCCUCCCCGUCGUGCAAGCCCGCCACAAAGACGACUUUGCCUUGCAUUCAGCAUGUAGAGGUGUGGAGUACUACCAACAAUGCAUUCAAGAAAAGUCGAAAAUUUGUGCGAAGGAAACCGAGUUCUACAGGACGGAUGAGACGAAGUAUCUGAUGGAAACUUUGUACAGCAAGUACAACUGGACGUGUUCUACAAGGGCAGAAUCCCUGUUAUGCGAGGACAAUAAGCUACUGCGCAACCUAAGCGAGUGCGUUGGUUUGAUCAGGAUUCAGGUGGAGCCGCUUUCGGAAGAUUUUUCCAACAAGCACAACGUCCGACUGGCUUGUCGUGCCUUGAAUGUCUACCAUCAGUGCAUUGGACAUAGAAUGCAGUCUACAUGCAAGGACAACUCAACCCUUCUGGAGUUGGCACAAGUUAGGGAGUACUUGACUGGCCUCCCAGGAAAAUACAAAUGGGUUUGCGACUCUACGGCAGAAAAAAACGCCUACUGCGAUGAAGGCGACUUGAAAGCAAGCCUUGCGGAAUGUUACGGGUUCGUGAGGUCAAUUGUAAUGCCCAAUGCUGCACAGCCCAACGUUAAUACCAGGCUCCGAACUGCUUGUCUUGGAAUACGAGAAUACCAAGCUUGCAUUCAGACCCGCAUAAAGGCUAAGUGUGAAGAUAACGAAGUGAUUCCUGAGGACGCAGAAAUAAGGAGGUAUAUGUUCGACGAGCCUACAAAAUACCUUUGGACUUGUGAAGACAAUCAGUACCGCAGUAAAUGCACAGAAGAAGCUUUUAUUGACAGUCUGCAAGAAUGUGUCGGCUUCAUAAGUGAAUUAGUUGCUCCCUUAUCAAAAAACACCAAUGACACAUCCAAGCUUGACUCUGCUUGCGGGUCUCUGGAAGCGUACGCUAGUUGCGUGCUGUUGAAAAUAAAACGGUGCGACGGAAGCCCAUCGCUUAUGAGCCUCAGCUCAGUGAAGCAUUACACCGAUGAGCUGUACGAAAAAUACAAAUGGGUCUGUGACGUUCGAAUGAAAGAAGCGUCACAGUGCUACAACAAGGUGCUGCCGCUCUUCAGAGAGUGCGUGGGAUUUAUCAACCAAAGGACUAUUCCAAACAUUCGAAUGACGGAUGACGACCAUAGAAUGAAGAUAGCCUGCAGUGGGGUCAUGGCGUACCAGAAGUGCAUAGAAACAUCGGUUGAAAGAUCCUGCGUCGACCCCCGAGGUAUAGAAAAUGUGGAGGAUUACAAGUACUACACUCAAGUACUUUUCAACAAGUAUAACUGGAUCUGCCGUCUUGACACUCCUAAAUGUGAUCCCCGAGAAGUCCUAAAAAAGCUGCACACAUGCAGAGGCUUCAUAACUAUGAAUGUGGACCCAUUCAUCAGCGAUGGCCCCGUGGCGUCAGUUUUCAUGCAGACAGCUUGCGCUGCGAUGAACGAAUUUCGUGAGUGCGUACGGGUCAAGUUAGAUGACAGGUGCAGCAACCUGGACUCCAUUGAAGGGAUUCAAGAGUACCUGCUCGACAUACCUUCGAAGUACUCAAGAGUGUGCGAAGUCACCCGAAUAUCAACUUCGUGCGGCGCUGAAAAACUUCUUCCGAGGCUUCAAAUGUGCUACAAGAUAUUGAAGAGGCUUAAAUUGCCCGAAACAGCACCGUAUGAGAUGAUAGGAAAUUCUUCAACAAUUUGCGAUGCGUACAAACAGUACAACAUUUGCAUCAUCAACGAAAUACGUCAAGUUUGUGGCAGAGAUCGCGUUGUUGCUCGCUUUGAAAAACUCAGGCCUUUACUUCAGUAUCACUACAACUCAUUCAAGUGGGCCUGCGAAAGUCAGAAAUCAGCCGGCGCUUGCAACGAGCAAAACUUGAAACGCCAUUUAUCAGGUUGCUUGGGCUUCAUUAACACGAGGGUAUCGCUCUACUCCUAUAAUGAACUCAACAUUCAUGACCUCAAACAUGCUUGCAACGCUUUUCAAGAUUACAUAUCAUGCGUGAAACUAACCAUCACUUCAAACUGUGGCCACCACUUUGAUGCGUUGCAGCAUGAAAGUCUCAAGCCGUACGUAGUGACACCCUACAAACGUUACAAAUGGGUUUGUCGUAAAUUGCCUCCUCACGGAAAGAACUAUAUUGGUGAAAUGCCUGCUGUAUGCAAUACCGUCCACAUAGUGAACAAUAUGACACAGUGCCUUGGGUAUCUGAAAGUGAGAGUCAGCAGUUUCACGCGCGUCUACAACAGCGUGGCUUUCUCACGCCAGGUCUGCCGAGGCCUCACGGAUUACCAAAGGUGUAUCGACAGCAUGAUUCCAUCAGAAUGCCUGAGAAUCAAGGGCUUGCUUGAAAAUACCGAGAUAAAGUACUUUCACUCUCUCAUCUAUAGCAAGUAUGCGUGGAUAUGUGAAUCUAUCCCAUCUUCUGUAAACGAAUGCUACCAUAACGUGUCAAAGCUCCUGGCCGAAUGCGAAGGGUUUCUGUGGAGCGAAGUAAACGUGCUCGACAAGAAAAAUUUCACCUCCAAUGGCAUCAAACAGUCAUGCCAAGGAGUUCGGGACUAUCAGACUUGCGUUCUGUCUACUGUCAAAGACCAGUGCAGCUCAAAUGAAAUAAUACCCGAUACGAACGAAGUAAGUCGCUUGACUGAGGACCUGUUCAGGCGGUACCAGUGGACGUGUGACAUGGUAGAACAAACAACUGAAAAUCGAUGCACGUCAGGCCUAUUGUUACCGAAACUGAAGGAAUGUAAAGGAUUUAUAACUUUCGAAGUCGUUCCGUUAUCUGCUGACUCAUCCAGUGUGAACAAUCUGCACUACGCAUGCAGAGCUUUAAAUGACUUCAACGCCUGCGUUUGGUCUGAAGUUGUUAAGCAUUGUGACGUGGAGAAGGCGAUGGAUAAUCUUUCCCCUGAAGUUCUGGAAUACACUAAGGGCAUAAGCAACACUUACAAAUGGGUGUGUGACCUUGACAAGACUGCGGUUCCAUCCUGUACGAAGGACAACUACAUUGAGAGAAUUAGACGAUGCAGAGGCUAUAUAGUAUUGAAGGUGCUUCCACACAUCGAGGACUUGUCUGACGAAAACCAGUUGGAGAUAGCAUGCAGAGCGGUGCAUGAUUACCAGUCUUGCAUACUGAAGCAAACAAAACUAAUAUGCCCCAAUUCAAAAGAUUUGCUGUCAAACCAGUCGAUUUCCGAAAACACCAAAGGCCUGUUCAAUCAGUAUGCUUGGGUUUGUAACAAAUCGGUGGUUAUCCCGAAGCGAAAACUAUCGGAAGGUAUCAAGAAAACUUGCAAUGAAACUGUGCUUGUGGACAACCUGAAGAGUUGCUUCGGGCUCAUCAAAUACUUCGUUCUUCCUCAUGUACAAACUAGCUCGAAAAUGCUUUCAGCGUGCAGAGGCCUGUACUACUACCAAAAGUGUACCAGCAGAGUGAUUUCCGAACAAAGCUGCGGUAACAUUGAGAAGCUCAACGAGUCCCAGACGGUGCAGGCGCAUCUCAACUUGCUGAAGAAAUACUCAUUUGUCUGCACUGUCCCUGAGAACAGCAAACUGUGCAAAAUUUCGGGAAGCCGUCUGAAGGAAUGUUUGGGAAUCCUGGAAACAGUAGUGAUUCCAAGCGCCAACCUAAGGGCAUCAAAAAGAAACCUCUCAGACGCCUGCAAUGGAAUACAGUACUACGACAACUGUAUAGAGGAAAUCCACAGCGACCACUGUAAAACUGACACCCUCUACCCGCCAUCUCCAGACGUCCUAGAGUACGCCCUUGACUUGCAAAUUAAAUACAGGUGGACUUGUAUCCCGAGGGCCACGCAACCCUGCUCCUUAUCCUUGCUGUCGGAAAAGCUACGCCGAUGCACGCCGUUCCUAACCGACAUUGCGUUACCAAUCAAGGCCAAUGCUACGGCGACCGCAAAAGAACAUAGAGAAAUGUGCCGGGCUGCAAAUUACUACGAAGCCUGCGUCAACGAAGAGGUCUCAGACUCGUGCAGCUCAUCGUCCGUCUCCACCAUACUGGGAGAGGCGAAGGAGUUUUUCCAGCCCAUAACCGAAUUCAACAAGAUGUGCGGAGGUGAACGAGCGCCAGCUUCUACGUGCACCGAAGAGGCCCUUCUAGAAAACAUCAUACAGUGUACGAGCAUAAUCACCAGCGUCGUGAUGCCAAUGUCCAGUAACAACAACAACCUGGGAAACUUGAAGCAAGCAUGCAAGUACCUGAGGUAUUACGAGAACUGCGCCGCCAGCACCCACGCCAAAGCUUGUCCAAACAUCACAUUGGCUAUUAGCACUAAAAUACGAAACUUGACAAAAGUUUUGCUGGACAAGUACAACUGGGUGUGCUCUAGCAAAGGCAAGUCGUGGCGUUAUCCUUGUUUUACUUUGUUUCAUUCUGCGUCACUUAGGUCUACAUAUAUAUGCUGCAUGGGAUCUUUUUUUUCCCGAGGCACGAGUCGGACCAUUUGUUAA